CUCAGUCGCGGGGAGAUGGCUUCCCAGCAAGGAGAAACUGGGAUCAGGCGGAGGAGGGAAACGGAUCCCGCGGCCGAUCAGUCCGGUCCUUCGCGGUUGUUUACCUGGGAAGAGAUCGGGCUGCGCACCGGCCAGGGAGACCCGCCACGGGAGCGCUGGCUGGUGAUUGACAGGAAAGUCUAUGACAUCAGCCGGUUCCACAAGAGGCACCCGGGGGGCUCUCGGACCAUCUGCUCCUACGCAGGGCAGGACGCCACGGAUCCUUUUACAGCCUUUCACCUUGACAAGACUCUUGUAAGGAAGUAUAUGGCAUCUCUUUUGAUUGGGGAAUUGGCACCUGAUCAGCCCAGCUUUGAACCCAGUAAAAAUAAAUUAUUAGUAGAAGAUUUUCGGGAGCUACUAUCCACUGUUAAAAUGAUGGGACUCUUCAAGCCAAACAAAGUCUACUUUUUCCUGAUGCUUCUGCAUAUUUUACUACUGAAUGCUGCUGGCUGGUUUGUGUUAUGGUAUUUUGGGACAUCUAUAACAUCUUUUGUUAUUGCCACAGUAUUCCUGGUCUUUGCUCAGUCUCAAGCAGGCUGGCUACAACAUGAUUUGGGACAUCUUUCAGUCUUCAGUAAUCUAAAAUGGAACCACCUUUUUCAGGAAUUUGUGAUGUGCCAUUUAAAGGGACUUUCAGCUCAUUGGUGGUCUUUGCACCAUUCCCAGCAUCAUGCUAAACCCAACUGUUUCCAGAAGGACCCAGACAUUUCAUUUCAUCCCGUUCUUUUCUCAUUAGGGGAACCUCUUUCUUUGGAGUUGGGUUUGCAGAAAAAGAAAUACAUGCCUUAUAACUAUCAGCACAGGUAUUUUUUCUUCACAUUGCCAUUGCUUGUAAUGCCACUUUUUCAAGUUUUCUCAUUCUACUUUAUAGUCCAACGCAAACUCUGGAGGGAAAUGGCAUGGAAUCUGGCAUUUUAUAUCCGAUUCUUUAUUACCUUCAACCCCAUAUUGGGAUUCAAGGGUGUUUUGGGAUACCACAUUCUUGUGAUUCUUCUUGACAGUAUCUUAUUUACAUGGAUAUCACAGACGAGUCAUCUUCCUAUGUACAUUGAUCAUGAUAAAAACAUGGAUUGGUUCUCUACACAGCUUCAGACAACAUGCAAUGUGAAUCAAUCUUUUUUCAAUGACUGGGUAACGGGGCACCUGAAUUUUCAAAUUGAGCACCAUCUCUUCCCUACGAUGCCUCGGCACAACUUUUGGAAGGUGGCUCCUUUGGUGAAAUCCAUGUGUGCCAAACAUGGUAUUGAAUAUCAAUCAAAACCCAUGUUCACUGGCUUUGCUGACAUUGUGCAUUCCUUGAAGGUUGCGGGUGAAAUCUGGUUCAAAGCAUAUCAUUGUGAACAGAAAAUACAAAAUCCUACAAUCUGCCUUCAACAAGAGGAGUAAAGAGACAUGAUGGAUCUGAGAUGGACCUGACAGGCAUCAGGCAUAGAAAACCUAAAGUAAUUUGUGGAUGAAAGAGAAUGCUGAAGAGACUUUUGGUCUCAGCUGAAUUUUUGGCAUGGUCCUAAUGAAUAUAAGCAUUGCAAGUAAUACAUAUUUUCUUUCCUGCUUCUGAGUCUUGGAUACAUCAUAAAGAUAUAGGAAAGUUUCUCAAAAAUGUUCAUUGAAUUGCUUUGUUGCUGUUUUUCCCUCCCACUUGAUGCCUCUUUUUCAAUGGUCAGAAAAAUAAACUUAGUAGCUGUUAUAGUGCAUUCUGGAUUAGGGAAUGAGCCACAUCAGCAGAUACAAAACAUAUUGAAGAUGCUAAGAAACCACUCCAUAUUUCUCUCAUUUUGUUUCAUCAUUUGGAGACUCCAAAUCACUUACCUGAUGCCUAUCUUGCCCAGAGCUUCCAG